UUUUUUUUAUAGAUUCAAAAAAAAAUUAUUUUUUAAUGUCAAAAAUCCCUGCCCCACCAGCCUCCUCAAAAAAGACAAAAGUUGUUGGAGGAAAUAUCAACAACGAUAACAACAUUGCCAGCACAUUUAAUAAUUCUAAUACAGGCUUUCUUAAACUCCCAGAUGAACAAAGCAGUCAAAGAAGGCUUUUAGCUAAUGAACAUCAUUUAAAGACAAAUGGUCGUCGUCGAAAUAGAAGCAGUUCCCCUUCACCUGAUAUAAAUAAUGAUGAUGAAGAUGAUGAGGACGCUGAAGAGGAAGAAGAUGAAAUCGGUGAUCUUCGAAUUGGAAAACUAAAAACAAAUGGAAGUAGAGUAAUGUUUAGCAAUAAUAACAGCAAUUCUUUACGGCCAAAUCUCUUGGAGGAAGGGGAGAAUGGGUUAACUAAUGGAUCUAGUAGUGAUAUGAUGGAUAUUUCUGAUGAUGAUGGUCGAGAAGGUUGGGAUAAUAAAAUGCAAUUUUUUAUGGGGGUGAUAUCCUAUGCUGUUGGAUUUGGGAAUGUUUGGCGCUUUCCUUUUUUGUUACAAAAGAAUGGAGGCGGCGCUUUUCUAAUACCUUAUCUUAUUAUGAUGGUAAUUGAAGGCGUCCCUCUUUUCCUUAUUGAACUUGGAAUUGGGCAAAAAUUGAGAACGGGGCCUGUGGGUGUUUGGAAUGCUAUACAUCCAUAUCUUGGGGGUGUUGGUGUAUCAGCAGCAAUAGUUUCCUACUUAGUUUCUCUUUACUACAAUGUUAUUUUAACUUGGGUUUUCUACUACUUGUUUAAAUCUUUUAGUUUUGAACUGCCUUGGAUUAAUUGCCCAAAAUUAGCAAAUGGUUCUAAUAUAACAGAAUGUGUUCAGUCUUCUACCCCUGCAAAUUAUUUUUGGAAUAGAGAAGCUAUAAAUACUUCUGAUUCAAUCGGUGAUUUUGGUGGAUUUACUUGGCAUAUGACUUUCUGUCUUGUUUUUGCUUGGUCUGUAAUUUACCUGUGUGUAAUGCGUGGUAUUAAAAGUAGUGGAAAAGUAAUGUACUUAACCGCUACUUUUCCUUAUUUUGUGCUCACUGCAUUUAUGUUCCGCUCAAUUUUACUGCCUGGGGCUACUGACGGUCUGAGAUAUAUGAUAACGCCGGAUCUUUCACGUUUAUGGGAACCUGAUGUAUGGUUAGACGCCGCUACACAAAUUUUUUAUUCUAUGGGUCUAGGAUUUGGAGGAUUAAUAGCUUUUGCUUCCUACAAUCCAGUCAAAAAUAAUUGUAAAAGGGAUGUCCUCAAAAUGUCGUUAGCCAACCUUUUAACUUCUCUCUACACAGCUUUUGUUAUUUUUUGUGUUUUGGGAUAUAUGGGAAGAAAAAAUUUUAAUUCCUGUAUUGAAAAGGAUAUGUCUUUAAUUCUUAAAGUUGCUCCAGGACUUUAUAAAAAUAUGGAAGAAAUUAAUGGAAAUAUUACAAUGGAGGAAUUCACCUCUUACAUGCAAUUUGAUUUCCGCGACAGCAAAUUUUCUGAAAUUAUUAACCAUCCAUCUUACAAAAAAUGUGAACUUGGAGAUAUCAUUUCUGAAGCAGCGGAAGGCACAGGAUUGGCUUUUGUUGUAUUUACCGAAGCAAUUAGUCAAUUUCCAUUUCCACCAUUUUGGGCUAUUUUGUUCUUUUUGAUGCUUAUGAUGCUUGGUCUAGGCUCUAUGUUUGGCACAUUAGAGGGAGUAAUUACCUCACUUAAUGAUGCUAAAAUGAUUAAACUUAGUCAACCUAUGCUUUCUUUAUUAAUUUGUGCAUCUUCCUGUCUUAUUGGACUUGUGUUUACUACACAAGCUGGACAAUAUUGGGUAUCAAUGUUCGAUCACUUUGCCGGAACUUAUGCAUUAAUGUGUGUUGCCUUUUUUGAAGUAGUUGCUGUAAUUUAUGUUUAUGGAUGUGAUAAUUUUGUAAGAGAUCUUCAAUAUAUGUGUGAUGAACAAAUUGGGAAUUUUUGGAAAAUUACUUGGCGUUUUAUUUCCCCAGUUAUUAUGUUUGUUAUUUUUGUUGCUUCAAUUUUCAAGUCAUUCACUAAAGUGCCUGAAUAUUCUGCUUAUGAUGCCUCCACGACUCAUCAACAUUUAGAGCCUUAUCCAACUUGGGCUCUUUUUAUUGCUUUUGGCCUUGUUGUAAUUGCAAUGGCCCCUGUCCCUUUUAUUUGGUUUGUCAGGAAAUUUAGAAUUUGGAGUGUUGAAGCUGACAUACCUGUGGCCUCAAAAUGCCUGGGAGCAACAGCUUCGACUACUUAUAUGCUUAGAAGCGAAAUGUCGUUUAAUCGAAUUUUAGAAUCUGCCAAUGCAGCUGAGCUUAGAAAUAUUGGAAAGAAUGGGCGUAAUAUGGGAAGGAAUGGUCAUAUUGGUGGCGGUUCAGCCCCUGUUUCAAGCAAACACAAACAUCAAACCCAUGAUUUUGAUUAUCAUCAAUUACCCUAUAAUAACCAACACCAUACAUGGCACAGUGGAAAUGCCCCUCCUAAACAUAAAUAUGCUCAAAGCUCAGAUACAGAUUUACCUUCAGCUACAAAAUCUGUUGAUACAACAAAUAAAAAAAGAAAAGGAAAUGGAAAUUCUACAGGAAAUAGUUUAAGUAACAGUAUCAAUAAAGCAAAAAAAGCGUUUUUAGCUGAUGGUUUCGUUCCCCGUUCAAACACUUUAAGUGCUCAACAUUCUAUGGAUUUGGAAAAACAACAGCAAAGUUGGACGCGUAAUCGACACAAAUCUUUUGAAAAAUGA